ACUGCCGAAGCUGAGACAUGUGGCUGCUGCGCGGAGGGUUCUUUUUUGGGCUACUGGCCAUGGCUUUGGCCUUCGGCGACGAGGCUAUCUUCGAGGACGAGGACAUCUACAACCAGGCGCUGCCACCGGUUCCCCACACGGGCAUCACGGUGCCCGGAACCAAGUGGUGCGGACCGGGCAACACGGCGAAGAAUUUCGAGGAUUUGGGCCGCGAACGGGAGACGGACAAGUGCUGUCGUGCGCACGACCAUUGCGACGAGAUUAUCGAGUCCCACGGAGCACUCCACGGACUGCCCACCAACACAGACUGGUUUCCCAUCCUUAAGUGCACCUGCGAGCAGCAGUUCAUCAACUGCCUGCAGGCAGUGAACAGCAUCACCGCCAAUACCCUGGGACGGAUCUACUACGGCAGCAGGAGCAGGUGCUUCGCCAACGGACAUCCCACCACCGGAUGCAAGCAGUACCAGGAGGGCACCUUCCGCAAGCGCUGCAUCCGCUACCAGGUGGACAAGUCCAGAGCCAAGGUCUGGCAGUUCUACGACAUGCCGUUCUUCACAAUCCCAGCGUCGGCGGGCUGACAUGAGAUCAACGAUUUGUAGACAAGAUGAUUACAUUACCUGAUACACACAUCA